GGGAGUCGGUGAGCUUCCCAGUAGCUUCUCGGUGGAUGGGCCGAAACUUUAGAAAGCUUUGCGACUCUUGAUUUCGCUACUUGAUUUGGCGGGAGAGGGGGGUCGGGGGCAGGGGGGGGGGGUGUUUGGAUUUCAACAGUUUCGCUAAAAAAAAAAAAAAAAGGCCGCUGGAAAAAGAGAUGAGCAGUCCGGAUGCGGGCUACGCCAGCGACGAUCAGAACCAGGCAAGGUGCGCGAUGUCAGUCAUGAUGCCUGGGAUGGGACACUGCCAGUGGGCCGCCGACCCCCUCAGCCCCCUCGGGGAACCCAAGGCCAAAAGCGAGGCGGCGGCCACCGGCGGGCGCCUCGGAGGCGCGACCGGGGGGAACCAACCGAGUCGCGGCAAGAGUGAGCCCAGGAUCCGGCGCCCCAUGAACGCUUUCAUGGUUUGGGCGAAAGACGAGCGCAAGCGGCUGGCGCAGCAGAACCCGGACCUGCACAACGCCGAACUCAGCAAAAUGCUCGGCAAGUCGUGGAAGUCGUUACCGGCGGCAGAAAAGCAGCCGUUUGUUGAGGAGGCCGAGCGCCUGCGAGUUCAACACAUGCAGGACCACCCCAACUACAAGUACCGGCCCCGCAGGCGCAAGCAGGUUAAGCGGAUUAAGCGGCUCGACUCGGGCUUCCUGCUGCACGGGGCGCCCGGGGACGGGGCGGGGACGGGGGGGCCGGUCUACCACGAGCAUCCCGGCUUCCCGCAGAUCCCUCAUCAUCAUCAUCAGCAGCAGCAGCAGCAGCCACUCGCUCACUACCGCUCGGACCCCCUCGGCGGACCCUCCUACGAGAGCUACAGCCUCCCCACCCCUGACAACUCGCCCUUGGACGCCGUGGACGCCGACUCCAUGUUCUUCCCCGCCCAGGAGGACUGUCACAUGAUGUACGCUUACCACCCGCAGGGUGGCGACUACCAGCACCAGGAGCCCCUCCACCCCCACCACCAGCAGCACCAGCACGCUCCUUACGUGGGGUGCCCCAACCCCUUGACCGUGUACUACGGUCACACCAAGCGGCACCCCGGGGCGGGCCAGCUGUCGCCGCCGCCCGACUGCCAGCCGCACGCGGCGGCCGAGAGCGCCGAGCUGCUCUCCGAGGUGGACCGAAGCGAGUUCGAGCAGUACCUCGGCUCCUCGGCGUACGGCGCCCUGCACGAGGCUGGCGCGCAAGGACCCGAGGGCCUCAUAUCGUCCGUGUUGUCUGACGCGAGUACGGCCGUCUAUUACUGCAGCUAUAACAACUCCUAAAACCUCGGCGCCAUAUUUGACCUUUCACCUCCCUCUUGAACUCCAAGGCCAGACAACUCAAGGACUUUUUUUUCCGAGCAAACGUUGGUUUUUGAUAUCAAGUCCAUUUGUACAGUCACUAUUUCAAAGUCUUUGUAUGUCAUUUAAAAAAAAAAAAUACUUUUGCACUUUUGACUAAUAAAUUUUGCAAACAAAUCAA